UUUUUAUAUUAAAAAUAGGCAAUUGGAGUAAUGGGAGCGACGGAAACUGCUGUUCGAGAUCCUGUGUUUUUUCGUUGGCACAAGUAUAUUGAUAAUUUAUUCUUCAUGCACAAGAGCAUGUUGGAUCCUUACAGUACCCGCGAUUUAGGUUUCAACAACAUAACAUUGAAAGCAAUAAACGUCCAGGUGAACGGCAAUGGUCAGAAGAAGAAUGUCUUGACUACACGCAUGGAAUAUGUCAAUGUAGAUAUAUAUGAAAGUAUGUUCCAAUAUGAAAACACCUCACAAGCUCUCCCAAUUAGCGUUUAUCAAGUGAACCACGACGAAUUCCAUUACAUCAUGGAAGUCAAGAAUACUAAUAGUACGAAUGUAAAGGCGGCUUUCCGAGUUUUCAUGGCACCCUCAUUCGAUGAACACGGUGAUCGUUUCGUUCUGAAUGAACAACGACGUUUGUUUAUUGAAAUGGACAAAUUUGUGGAAGAGCUUCCUCCAAAAACAACUCAUGAGAUCACACGUUCAUCUAAACUCUCGUCCGUUGUGAAGCCCCCUGGUCUAUCCAUUAAAGACAUCGAAAAGAAGCUCAACGAGUUGGUAGCCAAAAAGCAGUCUACUGAAGAAAAAGUUGUUAGCGAGUGUGUCUGCCGAAGAGAGCGCUACUGUGAAUGUGGCUUGCCGCAAAACAUUCUUCUUCCACGAGGUACAGAGAGUGGCAUGAUAUUUGACCUCUUUGUUAUGGUGACCGAUUGGGGGUCUGACAACUGCACCGACAACCUUGACCAAGGUACUAGUUACUGUGGAGUUAAAAACGAAAAGUAUCCAGAUAGUCGCGCCAUGGGCUUCCCAUUUGAUCGAAAAAUCGAUGACAAAUUUUUGAAAAAAGACAAAUUUCUUUGUACGUUUGUGGAGAAUUUUGACAAUAUGUUGUCAGUUCCCAUUACUAUUAAAAUGAUCACGAACAACUAAGCAAAAAGGCAUGAUAAGAUCAUUUUUUAGGCAUGUUUGAAAUGAAUUGAUUUCAGACUUACCUCACUAUCUAAAGCCAGAUUUUACAGGCCCGCAACGCUUAAACAAUUGUGACAUGCUUAAAACUAUCUGCAACUAACAGAUUUUAAUACAUUAAAACAUAUAAAAAUGUAACACAUUUUGUGAUACCGUAUUUUAUUAACUAUAGAGUAGCAUUAAUUUACUUUGUUUUAUGAAUUACAAGUAAAGGAUUUUUUAUAUUGAUUUAAAUUGUCAAGCUCUGUCCACAUUAUCAUAUAGCUAUAAUGUGUAUAUAUGGCCAUUAUGAUGUCAUCAUGACCAUUUAGGCAUGUUCUAAAGGAAAGAAGCUUAACUGUCCUCCGUGGGCACGUACAUGUUUUUGUCAAAGACAGAUUCAGAGUCUACUAGACAGGGCUUUAGAAUUAAGGUAGGAUUUUAAAUAUUAAUUAACAGUUUUUUUUAUUUGCAGUUUAAGGAGAAAGGGAUUGAGAGGGUGAUUGUUAUAUUGGAAGUUUACAUGUUGUUAGAUGGGACUAAGAGUAUACUGUUAUCAUUCACAAAUGACGUAUUUAUAGAUAGGCCUAUACUGAAAAUAAUUCGUUGUGUUAGUAUUGUUUUUACUUCACAUUUGUGUUGUUAUUGAUUUGUUAUGAUUUUACUAUUGAUCAGGGGUAGCGCAAGAGGGGGGGGGGUGAGGCGAGGCCAGGCCCCACCCCCGUCAAGGAGAAAAACCACAAUUGGUCGGGGAGAAAUAUAGACUUUAAAAAAAAAGUCUUUGAAACCCCUAAAUUGUCAACAUUUUCGGAGGCUUCGGCCCCUGGACCACUUUAAAAACAUUUUAAGCGACGUCCGACCACGCCCACUUUGCUCUUCCUCGCCCACUUACCCCCUCGUCGGGGCAUCGGGCUUCUCCGUCGGGGACUUCGGACCCCCCCCCUCCCCCGUUGGGCAAAUCCUGGCGCCACCCCUGCUAUUAAUUUAUUAUUUUGAUUACCGUAUGCAUAAUUUUAAGGGGAAAAGGGGUUACUACCAUUAAGGAUAGGUUGGUGUAACUAACAAUGAAAGAGGCAACAUGGGAUUGGUUUUAUUUUCUUAUGAAGUGAAGUUUGUUUUUCUUACCAUCUUACUAUUGUUUUGAUUGCUUGUAUUAGAUGAGCUGUUGAUGUUGCAAACACACCGUCAAAUUUACAAAUGCCACUGUUCUAAAAAGUGUACAUUCAAAUAAAUAGUACAUAAAGAAAUAAUAAUAUAAAAAGAAAGUACUUUCAACAAGUGUAAAGAGUACGAUGAUAUUUUCAACAAUUUAUAAGUUAAGGAAACAGAUGAGACAAGCCUCGGCUUCUAAACUGUUUCUACACGUUGACCAUUUUACUUUCUUUCUGCACAUUCAUAAAAAGGGAAAAUAACACUGAAAAGAACGAUUACGUUUUGACUCCAUUAUGGUGUCAUUUUCAAAUAUUAAGGUACAAAUUGGUUGAAUAAAUAUUUUUUUUGUGGA